AUGUCAAAUUCUGUCUUAGUUAACAAAACCUUAAAUAACAGUUUUACUGAUGAUCCCUGGUCGUAUUACGUUGAGAACGAUACAGAAAGUUCAACAGUUCAUCCAUACUUUCGUGCCGUACAAGCAAGAUUCUGGAUCUUUGAACAUUAUAUUAACUGGAUGUGUGAUAACGUCGAGCUUCCUAUUUGGCCCACCUGUGUAUCUCAAUUUUACGAGUCUUUAAGUAUUAUCAAUAAAAUCAAACAUGCACCUCUUUGUGUUCGAGCGUAUGUGAAAAGUAUUCGGGAAACUAUUAAUGAAGAGGAGAACCAGAAUAUAAUGGAGAAUCUUGAGUAUAAAUAUCAAGCACUAUUGAAGGAACAACAGAAUACGAAUUUUAGCAAGAACCUGUUACAUGCACAAACGAAUAGUAUGAGUUAUGAUAGGGCCACAGGUGCUGUCAAUUCCAAAAGACAGGCGAACAAGAAAGGAGAGCAGAAAAGGAGAAGAACAGAUGACAGUGAUUAUGAGGAAGAUAUCGAAGGGUCUGUUCUCUUUGAUGAAUCAAAUGAGGACAAUUUAAUUGAUUCUAUAGAUGGGCUGAAAGAAGAAGCAGUGUUGCCAAUUUCGGGAACAAUUGCUAAUACUUCAAAGCAGGAAUUUUUACAAAGUAUCUCCAAGAAAUUCAAUAAAUAUCAGGAAAAAAUUCCUAAGACACGUUAUUGGGGCAUCUUUGAUCUAACACAACAGAGUCUUUAUGGAUGCACAGAUUUCUCUCAAAAUGAAAUCAGUAAAAUUACACAAGAUUUUGCCAAUCAUGUUCAUUGGUCUCCACAACAAACUCCAGAUUACCUUCAACAAUAUUUUGAUUCCAAUUGUGAUCCCACCAAACUUAAAGAUAAUGCAAUGGUUGAAAGAAUACACACAAAUAUACAAUUUAUACUCUAUAAUAUGUCUAAAAAAGGAGCUAAGACAGAAGAAGAACAUAAAUUUGUUACCAUAUAUCCUUUAUUCAAUGCUUUCAUGGACCAUUCAUUAAUAAAAGAUACUUGGGGAGAGACUCAGACACUUUGCUCAAAUGCAAAUCCUUUUGUCAAAGCUUGCAUGGGGCGAAAAGUUGAUAUGAAAGGCACCCUGAUAAGGACAUCCAAUAAAUUUGAAGCCUUGUGUGGAAAGGUUGCAAAUGGGUUAAGUCCAUUUGGAAUAUCACUUGCAUCACAAAAGAAGAAAUAUUUAGACAAAGUCAAACUUGCAGUAUUAAUGCGAGACUCGUUAAAUAGUAUUUUAAAGAAAUGGAAAUACUUAAAUGAUGAACAGAGAAAAAAGAUUAUUGUAUAUGGUUGGACACUUGCAGGAUUUGACUUAUCUCUAUAUGCAAUGGAUUGGACUGGAAAUGGGAUGUAUCGCUUUGGAUUGAUAGAAAAUUGUCAUCUUCCAUCAAACAAAGAGGAUUGUGCUUUAUUUGAAGGUGCCUUUUGCCUCUUGAAAGAAUUGGAGAGGAAACUAACUGAGAUGGAAAAGCUCAUCCAAGAAUUACAUGCUGCAAAUACACGUGGAAAGUGUAGAAAAGUAACUACUGAGAAUAGCCCAACCCUAAACCUUAAUGGAACUCCGAAUUGA